ACUCUCCUACACGUUCUCCGCCUCUUCCGCAGCAGCCGGCAGGGCCCUGGCCGAGGCCGGCUGCGCAGCUCGGGCGUGGCUGUCCGGCCGGCCGGGGAGGGCAGGACUAGUCCAGGGUCCCUCCCGAAGGGCGGCCGAGGCUCGCCGGGCCCUUCCCCUGCCUCCCAACGGCUCCAUCCGGGGGGCUUCGCCUCUGCCCAGGAACUCGGCAGCUCUUCUGCUCUGCCCGGCGUCUGAAAGCCAGCCGCACUGUACGCGUUCAUGCAAUCACGCGCGUCGGCAAACCGCUCCGCCACAGCUGAGUUCUGUGGGGCUGACCAUGGGCCAGGCAAAGAGCAGGCGAAGGGCCUGCACGAACCCCCCGAGCAGCCAAGAAAUCCAGGGCCCGAUGGCCUUGAACCUCCUGCCGCAUGAGCUGCUGGUGCUGAUCCUGAGCUGGGUGCCAGGCCGGACACUGGUGACUCACUGCCGCCUGGUUUGCCGCCAGUGGAGGGAUUUGGUUGACAGCCCCGUCCUCUGGAGGUGUCAGUGGGAGAGGGACCCCUCUAAGCGGGAAGCUCUCUGGGCCACCCUUGAAGCUGCCCGUCAUUGCCCCCGACUGGAGUGGGGCCGGGUGGGCGUCCUGCAGCCCUUUGGGAGGAACCUCAUCAAGAACCCCAGUGGGGCAGAACAGUUUCAACACUGGCAAGUCGGACAUGGGGAUGGCAUGUGCUUGGGAGGCAACACCUGCUGGAUAUCGCAACUCAUUGAUUUGGUGGAAGAAGGUCUAUGGGAAGAUCUCUUGGACACCUUCCAGCCGGAAAUUUUUGUCUCUGACUGGUGGGGCACCUAUGAAAAAUGUGGCUGCACCUACAACAUCUACAUCCUUCUCCUGGCAGCAGACAAGAACUCGGUGAUCGCCAGAUUUGUCACAGAGACUGACCCCACAGAGGAGUGGAAUGUCCCAUUUCAGCAGGCUUCCCAUGUCUUCAGAAACUACGGCCCAGGCGUUCGCUACCUACGGUUCCAGCACAUGGGCAAUCAGCUUGGGGCAGGGCACACUGAAGCCCACAUCACACAUUCCACAGUCCUGGUGAAAUUCACUGCAGCCUCUGGUUAGGGCCCUCACCUGUUGAGAAGACGUAUAACCUGCUGUGCCAAAAGACUAAGGACCAUUCUGCCCUUUCUGGGAUGUCUUUCCAAAAACUAAAGACUGGCAACUUGCAUAAUAUUUUUGGAGGGUUCGGAGAGUGGGUGGGGGCGGGGGAGAAACCUCUAAUGUGGAGCAGAUAAGAAGGGGGAAGAAUUAUAAGUUGGAGGGAAUGUGGCCUUGUUGCUUCCCUGAACAGGAGAUGUGGUACUGGAAUUGAGGCGUUCCUGUUAUUAUGCAAGACUUUGGAUCUGAAGCAUGCAUUUUUAUUAGAAGUCAAUUUGGAGAUGGUCUGCUCUGUUCUACCCUUGAACUCUUAAGAACAGUCAGGAGAGUGGAGAGGCUGAGAAGGAGAAGCCACCAGAGAGGCUGGACGCUAUCCAAAAGGCCUCCAGGAAGACAAGGAACGGCCCCUUCAUGAAUCUUGGGGGGGGAGGGGCGGUCCUUCAUCAGAUAAUUGUGAGGAAGGUAGCAGGACACGUUGGAUGCAUUCUCACUGAUCUUUUUGCAUUGCAGUUUUAUGCCUAAUA